AUCGUAAUUGGUUAAGUGGUACCUCAUUGUUAUAUUAUAUGUUGGGAUAAAAAAAAUUUCCUAGAAAAUAAAAGAUUGGUCCAUCUUCCCAGCCGUCGUGAAUCCUGAUUUGAAUCGCCUCAUUGCUCUUUGAAGCCCUUGCUAUGGAUCAUUCUCUUCCCAAGCCUUGGAAAUGCCUUGUCGAUGAUCGAACUGGCAACUUAUACUUUUGGAAUCCUGAGACCAAUGUUGCUCAAUAUGAGCGACCUAUUUGCCCUCCACCUCGCAACGUUGCUCAAGGCUCAUGUACCAUCGAGUUUGACGGUGCUUCAAGAGGAAACCCAGGAAGAGCAGGUGCAGGAGCCGUUCUCCGUGCUUCAGACAAUACUGUGCUCUUCUAUCUUCGCGAGGGUUUAGGCUUUGCUACAAACAACGUUGCUGAGUAUCGAGCUCUCAUUCUUGGCCUCGAGUGUGCUCUUAGCAAAGGCUUUAGAAAUGUGCGCGUCCAGGGUGAUUCAAUGCUUGUCUGUAUGCAGGUUCAAGGUGCAUGGAGAGUCCAAGACCCGAAAAUGGCUCAGCUUUGUGGACAAGCAAAGGAGCUUAUGAGGCAGUUUAGCUCAUUCCACAUUCAACACGUUGGCAGGGAACUCAAUUCCGAGGCUGAUGCUCAAGCUAACCAUGCGAUCAAUCUGGCAGAGAAUGAAACGGAAGAGAUUGCAGGCGGCUUUAGAAGAAGGAUAUACUAAUAUCCAAGUGGAGUAAUAUGCAUCUUCCUGUUUUCUUGUUUUUGGGAUCAUGUCUUUUAGCAUGUUAUGUGUUAACAUAAACAUGAAGACGAUGAUGAACAUGCUCUUCUCUCUCUUUUGCUUUGUCCCACGGCAAUUUGACUUCCCAAGAACAUGUCUAUGUCGUCUACCACUUCUUAUUCUAUUCAAUAGUUUUCCAUAUAA